GGCAGCUAGACUGCUUAUAUAUAAGCCGCGCGUGCUCUUCUCUUCUAGUUUUAGCUUCCCUAGUGCUCUUCCGUGAAAUAUUCCGGAUACCGAGAGACCGCUCGUCGAUCACUGUAACUACACGUUGUUUCGUAUCAUGGCCAACGACAAUCUCACAGCUAUUCUCUAUGGCAUCAACGACAUUAGGCUGGAACAAACUCCGAUCGAGGAACCCGAUCAAAAUGAGGUACUUUUGCAAAUGGCUUGCGUUGGAAUUUGCGGUUCCGAUGUUCAUUAUUUGGUUAAUGGGAGAAUAGGUGAUUUCGUCGUACGAAAACCAAUGAUAAUAGGCCACGAAUCUUCCGGAGUAGUUGUCAAACUUGGAAAGAAUGUGAAGAACUUGAAGGUCGGUGACCGAGUGGCCAUUGAACCUGGGGUAUCCUGUAGAAUGUGUAAGUUUUGUAAAGAAGGACGUUACAAUUUGUGUAAGGACAUGAUAUUUUGCGCCACUCCGCCGGUACAUGGGAAUUUAAGACGUUUCUAUAAGCAUGCUGCGGACUUUUGUUUCAAGUUACCAGACAAUGUGACAUUGGCUGAAGGAGCAUUGUUGGAACCAUUAUCGGUCGGUGUACAUGCUUGCAAGCGCGCGAACAUCGGCAUCAGUUCAAAGGUUCUGAUUUUGGGAGCUGGACCGAUUGGUCUGUUGUCGUUGUUGGUAGCGAAAGCUAUGGGAGCCAGUAGAGUCGUUAUUACCGACCUGUCACAAUCUCGAUUGGACCUUGCGAAGAAACUUGGCGCUGAUGAAACAUUAUUAGUGAAAAAGGAGGAUACCGAGUCGCAUAUUUUAAAAAGAAUAAUCGAGCUUGUCGGAGAAGAACCCGAUAAGACGAUUGAUGCGUGCGGAGCGCAGUCUAUGAUUCGAUUGGCGAUUCUCGCGACCAGAUCUGGCGGAGUGGCUGUUUUAGUAGGAAUGGGCGCAUCGGAGGUUCAAAUUCCAUUAAUGAACGCACUUGUGAGAGAAGUUGACAUUAGAGGCGUAUUUCGAUACGCAAACGACUAUGCCGACGCGCUGAAUCUCUUGGCUACUGAGAAAAUUGACGUGAAGCCACUGAUAACUCAUAAUUACAAAUUAGAGGAUACAGUUCAAGCUUUCGAAACUUCUAAAUCAGGACAGGCCGAUGUUGUUAAAGUUAUGAUACAUUGUAACUAGAAAACGAACGGAAUUAUUUCAAUACUGUUUUUUUAAUACUACGACAAGAUACAACUAUGAAACGUGCAUGGAAAAUCAAAGAUCAGGCGAUAUUAUUGACACUGAUACUAUUAAUGUUAAAUAUGUAGCAUAUGUGAACGUGAACAAUUCACUUAUGUCUUUUAUAAAGCAUUGUCAUCGGUUGCAAUCACAUUAUUGAUGAAAUAUAAAUGAAAUGUAUACUGUUUGAGUUCCCAAAGCAAAUGGUAAUUUGCUAAUUGUCCAUAUUAAGUUUCGUUGUGUAUGUAUGUAUAUAGGUACAGUUUUUAAUUAAAUAAUGACACAUACCGAUGCACAUUGAUACACAUUGACAUAUAUUUAUGCUAAAGCACAUUACGUUGUAUGCGGCAGGCACGUGUACAUGUAAAUGUUCUUUUUUUCACCGAUGUAUUUUAAUCCUUGAUCAAUGAAUUAAUGUAUAUACAAUAGAAAAUUCUCAUUAUUUUUAUUAAAAUUAUUAUUAU